CAACGGACAAUUCUCUUGGCUUUGCUCCUAACUUUUAUAAGUCCUUCUUCACAGGCUAAAACGCAGAAACUUGCUUUAGGCCAGUCCCUGGGCAACCUGGUUUGCCUUAUAAGAAGGGAUUAGGCUGCAGCUUCAAAGAUGCCUCAAAAUCGAAGGCUGAAGGGAGCAUACUAGGUGGGGAGCCCGUCGCCCGCUUUCUUUGCCUCGGAGCUCUCCAGAAAGUAGGCACAGAAGGGAGACGUCACUACUUUCCAACGGGAAGGGAGGGUUGUAGUCGGAGCUCGCCCGGUGGUUCUCGGACGUGAAGAAGCGAGGUGGGCGAGGCCUUCCCUUAGCGACUCCCUCCGCGGCGGGAGGCGAAGAGGGCUGGCCGGCUCUAAUUCCACAUCCUUCCCCGCGAGGGCUAGAGGAGGAGCAACAACCGCGCCAGCAACUGGCCGCUCGCACAUGCAGCAGCCCCGGCGCCGCCUCCCCGUCACCUCCAGCGGGGACCUGCUGCUGGCGCCGCUCUCCGCUCCCUUUCAGGUCCCGCUCAUUUCCCCGCUUAGCGUCUCGGAGAGUGCUGCCGGCGGGUGCCCCCUCCGCCCCGGGGAGGCUGCCGUCCAGAAUCUGCCCCACCCGCCUGCAGCCGCUCUCUUACUCCCCACCUCGGCGGAACCUUCCCGAGCGCUCCGGGUUGCCUCCUGGGGUUGGCUCGGCUGUGCAAGUAGUACUCGACCCGAGCCCCUUUCGGAGGAUAGUUCUGCGGUGAGUGCAGCCGCCUCGCCUCGCACUUCUGCCCUUUCCUUGAAACGGAGGUGUGCAAAAAGUGAAGCCUUCCCGACAAAGGCUGUUUUUGCAUCUGAAUACCUGAAGCAUUUCUGAUUAAGGGAGAUGUGAUUGGUGCACAGGAUCAAUAUGCAAGACUCUAUUCUGACAGCAGUUUUGAUGGUCACUAGUCUGGAAAUAAUAUGUUUGGGAAGCCCAGCAAUGGAUGAUUCCCAGUGCCAAAGGAUUGAGCAUCCUAUUAUUACAAGUGAAGAACUUGCUCCUUGGUUACAUGUGUUCAGAUCGAAAAGUGCUGUUGACUUCUCUCAAAUAACAUUUGAUCCAAGACAAAAAGAACUGAUUGUUGGGGCAAGAAAUUACUUGUUCAGGCUGCAUAGUGAGGAUCUUUCUCUAAUCCAGGAUGUGGAAUGGCAUUGUGAUGAGACUACUAAAAAAGCUUGUUAUAGUAAAGGCAAAUCAACGGAAGAGUGCCAAAAUUAUAUUCGUGUUCUCCUGAUUGGUGGUGAUAGACUGUUUGCAUGCGGAACUAAUGCAUUUACACCCAUUUGCACUAAUCGGACGCUAAGCAACCUGGAAGAGUCACACGAUCAGAUCAGUGGCAUGGCACGCUGUCCUUAUAGCCCCCAGCACAAUUCUACGGCUCUCCUUGCAAGCACUGGUGAGUUAUAUGCAGCAACGGUCAUGGACUUUCCAGGGAGAGAUCCUGCAAUUUAUCGCAGUUUGGGUAUUUUCCCUCCACUUCGGACUGCACAGUACAACUCUAAGUGGCUCAAUGAACCAAAUUUUGUGUCUUCAUAUGACAUUGGAAACUUCAUCUACUUUUUCUUCCGAGAGAAUGCAGUGGAACAUGAUUGUGGGAAAAUAGUUUUUUCUCGGACUGCUCGAGUUUGUAAGAAUGACAUUGGUGGCAGGUUUUUGCUGGAAGAUACUUGGACCACCUUCAUGAAAGCGCGUUUGAAUUGCUCCCACCCUGGAGAAAUUCCAUUUUACUACAAUGAAUUACAGAGUACGUUCUUCCUGCCAGAACUGGAAUUAAUCUACGGGAUCUUUACCACUAAUGUGAACAGUGUAGCCGUUUCAGCUGUUUGUGUAUUCAACAUGACUGCAAUAACUCAGGUCUUUAGUGGGCCAUUCAAAUACCAAGAAAACUCUCGUUCUGCCUGGCUUCCUUAUCCCAACCCUAAUCCUAAUUUUCAGUGUGGCACCAUGGAUCAAGGCCUGUAUUUGAAUCUGACAGAGAGGAAUCUCCAAGAUGCCCAAAAAUUUAUUUUGAUGCAUGAAGUGAUCCAACCCAUCACACCAGUUCCUUACUUCAUGGAGGACAAUAGCCGCUUUUCUCAUGUGGUUGUUGAUGUGGUACAAGGAAAAGAAAUGCUUUUCCAUAUAAUUUAUUUGGCCACAGAUCAUGGGACAAUUAAGAAAAUCCUCGCUCCGGUUAAUCAGACAGCCAGUAGCUGUUUGCUAGAGGAGAUUCACAUCUUCCCAAAGAAGCAAUGGGAGCCCAUCAAGAGCUUGCAGAUUUUACACAGUCAGAGUGCUCUCUAUGUGGGCCUUCAGAGAAGUGUGGUGAAGAUCCCACUGAAGAGAUGCCAGUUUUACAAAACACACAGCGCAUGUGUUGGAUCCCAGGAUCCCUAUUGUGGCUGGGACUUGGUGCUAAGGAAAUGCACGCCAUUGGAAGAAAGCUUGAGCAUGAGUCAAUGGGAGCAGAGCAUCUCUCUCUGUCCAAAGAGGAAUUUGACUGUGGAUGGCCAUUUUGGUUCCUGGUCAGAGUGGAAGCCUUGUACACAUGUAGAUGGAUCAAGUGUAGGCAUUUGCCUCUGUAGAUCACGCUUAUGUGACAACCCAGUUCCAAAAUGUGGGGGUCGCCAGUGUGAAGGGCCAAGUAUUGAGAUUGUUAACUGCUCUAGAAAUGGAGGGUGGACUCCAUGGUCACCUUGGUCUCCUUGCAGCACUUCUUGUGGAAUAGGCUUUCAAGUACGUCAGCGAUCCUGCAACAACCCAAGCCCUCGCCAUGGAGGCCGUGUAUGUGUUGGGCAGAACCGUGAAGAGAGGUAUUGUAAUGAGCAUUUGUUGUGUUCUCCGCAUGUCUUCUGGACUGGCUGGGGUGAAUGGGAACGAUGUACAGCUCAGUGUGGAGGAGGCAUUCAGGCUCGCCACCGAACUUGUGAAAAUGGUCCUGAUUGUCCGGGUUGCAGUGUUGAGUAUCAGGCUUGCAAUACCAACCCCUGUCCAGAACUGAAGAAGACAACUCCUUGGACUCCAUGGACACCAGUGAAUAUCUCUGACAAUGGUGGACACUAUGAACAGCGAUUCCGAUACACUUGUAAGGCACGUCUUCCUGAUGCAAGUUUGUUAGAUGUGGGAAGGCAACGGAUUGAAAUGCGCUAUUGUUCAAAGGAUGGUGCCACUGGAUGUGCAACUGAUGGUGAUCUUUUGCAUUCUGCGCAUCGUUCCACUCACACCAUCAAUGGUGCUUGGUCCCCCUGGUCUCCAUGGUCUCAGUGUAGCCGUGACUGUAACAGAGGUAUUCGAAAUCGCAAACGAAUUUGCAAUAAUCCUGAGCCAAAGUAUGGGGGAUUGCCUUGCCUGGGACCUCCCCUGGAAUAUCAAGAAUGCAACAUCUUUCCAUGCCCAGUUGAUGGAAGUUGGUCCUGUUGGUCAUCGUGGUCCAAGUGCUCUGCUACUUGUGGAAGUGGCCAUUUUAUGAGGACUCGCUCCUGUACAAACCCAGCACCAGCUUAUGGAGGCGACAUCUGUUUAGGGCUCCACACCGAAGAAGCACUUUGUAAUACACAACAAUGUCCAGAUAGCUGGUCAGAGUGGUCUGACUGGUCAGGCUGUGAUGCAUCUGGAGUCCAAGUCCGCACUCGCCAAUGUAACGUUUUGUUUCCCGUGGGUCAGCAGUGCUCUGGGAAUACGACUGAAAGUCACCCAUGUGAUUCUGAUUCCAAUUUAAUACCAGAUAUAAAUGUUGCAAGAACCAGCAGUAUCAAAGAAAAAAGAUGUGGUGAAUUUAAUCUGUUCCACAUGACUGCUGUGGGGCUGAGUAGCUCAAUUCUUGGGUGCCUUCUGACUCUUCUGGCUUACACUUAUUGCCAGCGAUAUCAGCAACAGUCUCAUGAUGCCACUGUCAUUCAUCCAGUAUCCCCUGUACCUCUGAACACCAACAUCACCAAUCAUCUCAACAAACUGGACAAGUAUGAUUCUGUAGAUGCCAUUAAGGCUUUUAAUAAAAAUAAUCUCAUCCUAGAAGAGCAAAACAAAUACUUCAAUCCACAUCUCACUGCAAAAGCGUAUUCCAAUGCCUAUUUUACAGAUUUGAAUCAUUACGAUGAAUAUUAAAAAGGCAUCUGCUUAAUUUCAUAUGGUUCUCCAAGAUGUGAACCCUCUUUGUGAAUAUCAAAUUGUUAAUACCGUGUUGUUGCCAGCUUUAACACAACAAAAAGCACUCAAUUGUCUUGGUACAAUCUUGCAGUAAAGAAACAACUUUGGUAAUGCAA